GUCGAGAUUCGAACCUUAGGCUUAGAUUUCGCUUAAUUCUGAUUUCUUGUUGCGAUUUUAGGUUCUUGGUGUUUGAAUGUUUCAUAAACCCUGGUUCAGUAUAAGUUAUUGUAUGUUGAUACUGUUAUAUGCCUGAGAAUAUUUCCUCAAGUGUGUGUUUCAAAUUCAUUCUUACUGAACAUGUUUGAGUUUUAAAAUGUUCAAGAAUGUUUUGUUAAUGUUGGAUAGUCUCUGUUUUCCAUGACAUCUUGUUUGUAUGAAGUUGACUAAAGUUUCUUGCUCAUUUUGGAUGGGAUAAUUGGGUUGUAUCUCUGGUUCAGCUUAAUUGGGUUUGGUUAAUAGUGGGUGAUUAAUUUUGAUGAUAUCAUGAUUUGUAAAAUUGGCUAAUGUUGGACGGCAACACAACAAACAUAAUCAUCUAAAUCUUAUGAGAGAUUCUGCGCAUCAUAUGAUAUGAUUGGACUAUCAGUUAUUAUUUUAUCCUAUUUGUGAUCACACGCAUUCUCUUGGACAUCAACAUCUGCACCAAUGGAUUUUUUUCAUUACAACCAGCUGUGACUAAUGAACAAGUGCUAAAAUGUAUAGGGACUUUUUUAAUGUGAACAUUCAUAUUUCAUCAGUUAACAACCCUGUUGGUAAUUUGGUAUACUUGUUUUUUCAACAUAUGACCUCUAUGUAACUUAUGUCUUGUACAUAAACUACUGCAAAAACAAUUGUCUCUAGCAUGAGGAUAGAAAACCAGUAGGAUAUGUACAAAUACUAACGUCUACCUAGUUCAACUUAAUUGGGUUGUAUCUCUAGUUCUUUUUGGGUCUUCAUGCUUGUCCAUUUUCAAUACAAUAAGACUACAGUUUACCUUUCGCCUGCUGACCCUAUCCUUCUUCCAUACCAUACUCACCGCGAGUCCAUUGUGCUUACGAACGAGUGGAGCGUCUUCAAUGCGAGUUGUGCGUGGAAUGUCGCCUAAACAGUUUCAUAGUGGCGUUUGUUGUUUUCGAGUUCCCCUGCCUUCAGAAAGUAUACUCCUAAUGGUACCUUAGUACGCCAUAGGCGUCUGAAGGGGGAGUGUAGUGAAGGCACUCUCUUGGAAGAAGCCCGCCAGCUUACUAUACUAAGGGAGUAGUUAGGUGGGUUCUUUUCAGGUAAAGUUGAUUCUUUGGCUUGUCUUUUUAAGGAUAUCUGGAGAGUGACUGCUAAUGGAGCCAAAUCCUAGAUUUUCAAAGGCCUUUCGUGAUAUGAAAGCUAUUGGAAUUACAGAAGAUAAAGUGCAGCUGGUGUUAAAAAAGCUUCUAAAGUUGUAUGACAAAAAAUGGAAGUUCAUUGAAGAGGAGAACUAUAGAGUUCCCGCAGAUGCAAUAGUCGAUAGGGAUGAUACUCAGGAAUGUGAGAAAAAGCCAAAUGGUGGCGAUGAUGUUGAGAAUUUUGAUGAAGAAUCUGAGAUGCAUGUUGUGCCCCAGAGCUUAAAAAGGUUACGCUUAAGAGGCCGUGAAGGGCAAAUGUCCUCUCCCUCUAAAAUGGAACAAGAUGCCACUUCCCCUGCUACUUUGAUGGUAGACCGUAGAGUAGAUUUGUCUCCUCCUCGUGGUACUACCCCUUGAUGCAGGAAGGCCAUUAAUUUUACGUUUUCAUAAGCUAGUUUAUUAUUUAGUCUAUUUUAACUAAGUUCUAUUAGUUUUCAUACUACGGCUAUUGUCGGAAUUUCCAAAUAUGUUGGAAUUUCAAAUUUAGUAUUAGUUAUUUGUUUUAUGAGUCUUUUAUUAGGCUAUUUUCCUAAGUCAAAUCAUAGUUAUAAUUGGAGUCAUAUUAGUUUGCUUUUAGAAAUCCUAGUUUUGUUUGAAGGAAGUUACUUAUGUAAUUAGGAUUACUAGGAGACUAUAUAUAUGGAUGCAAGUCAAGAACAAAUGAUAAUGAGAGUUUUUAUACAAAUUUGUUAUAGGAGAGAAUCCUUAGACACGCUCGGUGAGAGGCUGAGAAGGGAAGGUGAGUUUAUCCAACCCUACCUAAGAGAUUCAGGGUCGCUUUUGUUUGAUUCAAAAAAUACAAGAAUUU